AUGCUCGAAGAUCGCGAUGUGGCACUAGUCGAGUGGUUGAGACAGUACGUGCAACAAGGCGUGAGGAGGCCCCAACGGGACCACGCUGAUACAUUAUCCUACUCCACGACCGUACUGAAAAGAAGCUUAGGCUACGGAAUAUCUGAUCGGUUGAGGAACUACAGGGAUGGCCUCAUGGAGCAGGGGCAUUCCGCGGCCAACGGUCGUCAGCAACCUGGAGUUCCCCUACCUCGCUACUGUUCCGUUGUAAAGACUCUGGCUGGCUGGGUGCUUGAUGUGGAUGCUAGUGGGCCGAAAACUGACUCGGAAGCUGUUUAUUACGUGGAGGGGGACAGUGAUUGCAUGUGGAGGGAGUUAGGGGAUGUUGGUCAGUUUCUGAUUCUGGUAGCUGGAAUCGCUCGUAGUAACAUAAGAGAUUCGGAUGAUGAAGAUAAACCAGGAGUUAAUGAAGAUAGCGAGAGUUCAGACAAAGAGGAUACUUCGUCCCUCAAUGAUGAUCCUGUAAAGGAGCCCCCGCGAGUCCAUACCGGCGAAGGAUAUUUGAAAGUGAAUGCCACAAAAGGCAGGGUGUCAGGUGAUUUGUCUACAGUAUGA